CCGGAAGGAGGCGAGGAGCUUGCCUGGCCGCGGCGGCUAAAUGAAGCGGGGGUCGGGGGAGGUGAGGGUCGGACGGAGCGGCCCAGGGGGCGGCGGAGCGGCCAGGGCUGGUCCUGAAGUUGUGAAUGCCAUGCUCAGGUAUUGAUGCUCAUAUGCACAGCUGUUUAAAAUGGCAGAGGGAGGUGGCAACGAAGAGGUAAUUCACUUGAACAGUUUCCGUAGCCACAGUGGGAAAGACUGGAUAAACAGGAGAGAUGAAGGACUUAUCACCAUAUCGGACUCCUCAGAUGAAGAAUUGCCUUUGUUGCUAGACACGCCAGUUCAGGAGCGGCAGGAGGAAGAUGACGACGAUGUAGUCAUCCUGGUGGAGACCCCAAAACAGCAGAUUCCGCGUCCCAAUGUCAUCAGAUCUGCUGCUCAGUGGCAAGGUGUGAACCAGCUGGGAGAAGGAUCUAAGGGUGACAUGGCAUUGAAGAGCUUACAUCUGCAAGAGGGGAUUCGGCCUUUUGUGGUGUGCCAGAGAGCCCAUUGUAACCACAUGGGGGAGAAUGGUGCAGGGCCAAGCAGAGACAAGAAUGGAAACCAUGCCUCACAACUGCCUGGACCCUCUGAACACUGUAGGCACAGGGUUGAAAGAGGGGGUGAUUCAGAGCCUGGGCCAAGUGUGGUUCAAGCAAUAAAGACAAGUCCACGACCCACUGGUGAAAGGGAAAUAAUCAACCUGGAGGAAGCUGGCUUCCUACCUAUCUGGGAGGAAAAUCUGGAAGUACAGGACCAGGAGGAUGAAGACUUGAAUCAAGAGCUCUUACAAAACCUCAGAGGAGCAAUUGCUGCUGCAGCAGCAGCAAGCAGACAGGCCACCAGAGACAACAGUCGGUUGGAUCAUCCUUAUUUCCAGCCUGUAGACAAUGAGCCACAUACUGUAGCAAGCUGUUGUGCUCCGCAGCAAGGGAAGCCUGAAGCAGAACUGGGAUCUUUGCUAAGGGCAUACCGGGAGGAGAACCCUGGGCCAGCCUUUCCCAGACCUGAACCACAACAGGAUGGGAUUCCAGGCCCUGCUUCUCCUCAACCAGCUCAUCCACCAGAGGAAAUGAGAGGCCAGUGGGCAGCAAUAGACAAUGAACAGCCAGGCCCAGCCUUCCCUGCACAGGGGUCACAUGAUCCUGGCUCUGGUAACGUUCCAGAGCAAGGAGCCGCUGGGCAGGACGAAGACCUCACGGCCCUGCUCAUCAAAGAAACAGAAGCAAGAUUCCCAGAUGUGAGGAAAGAGUAUGUUGAGGAAUUAAUUCACAUCAAGAACUGCUAUGACCUAAAUGUACUUUGUAAUUUUCUUCUGGAAAAUCCAGAUUAUCCAAAGAAAGAAGGCAGAGUGGUUUUAAAUCCCAAUAGCAGCCUGCUCGCCAGCCAAGAUGAGACAAAGGUGCCUAAAGUGGACUACUUUGACUUUUCCAAACUCGCCCCGCUUGAUCAACGGUGCUUUAUCCAAGCAGCUGACCUCCUUAUGGCCGACUUCAAAAUGCUGAGCAGUCAGGACAUCAAGUGGGCACUACAUGAACUCAAGGGACACUAUGCAAUCACACGAAAGGCCUUUUCCGAUGCCCUCAAAAAAUGGCAGGAGCUGUCUCCCGAAAACAGUGGGAAGCGAAAACGGAGGAAAGAAAUGAACCAGUUUUCCUACAUUGAUUUCAAAUUUGAGCAAGGUGAUGUGAAAAUUGAGAAGCGGAUGUUCUUCUUGGAGAACAAGAGACGGCACUACAGGUCCUAUGAUAGACUCUCGCUUCUCCCACCCGUGCAACUGGAACAGGAGUUCUAUGAACAGAAAAUUAAAGAGAUGGCCGAGCAUGCAGACUUCCUUCUUGCCCUGCAGAUGAACGAGGAGCAGUAUCAGAAGGAUGGUCAGAUGAUCGAGUGUCGUUGUUGCUAUGGGGAAUUUGCAUUUGAGGAACUGACGCAGUGUGCAGAUGGUCACUUGUUCUGCAAGGAGUGCCUAAUCAAAUAUGCUCAGGAGGCAGUCUUUGGCUCUGGGAAGUCAGAGCUCAGCUGCAUGGAAGGGAGCUGCACAUGUUCAUUCCCGACCAGUGAGCUGGAGAAGGUACUCCCAGAGAACAUCCUGUGUAAAUACUAUGAGCGGAAAGCUGAGGAAGAGGUGGCCGCUGCCUGUGCGGAUGAGCUAGUCAGGUGUCCUUUCUGUAACUUCCCGGCACUCCUGGACAAUGAUGUGAAGCGGUUCAGCUGUCCCAAUCCUCGCUGCAGGAAGGAAACCUGCAGGAAGUGCCAGGGGCUAUGGAAGGAGCACAUGAAUCUUACCUGUGAACAGCUGGCUGAGAAGGAUGACAUAAAAUAUAGAACAUCUAUAGAAGAAAAAAUGACUGCAGCCCGAAUUAGAAAAUGUCAUAAGUGUGGGACUGGCCUAAUUAAAUCUGAGGGUUGCAACCGCAUGUCCUGUCGUUGUGGUGCCCAAAUGUGCUACCUCUGUCGAGCCUCCAUUAAUGGGUAUGACCACUUCUGCCAACACCCUCGAUCACCAGGGGCCCCUUGCCAGGAUUGUGCAAAAUGCUCUCUCUGGACCGACCCCACGGAAGAUGAUGAGAAAAUAAUCCAGGAGAUUCAGAAGGAGGCUGAAGAGGAGCAAAAGAAGAAAAAUGGAGAAAGCAGUUUCAAGAGGAUCGGCCCUCCUGUGGAAAAGCCUGUGGAGAAAAUCCAGAGAGUUGAAGUCAUCCCGAGACCAGUCCCUCAGAACCUCCAUCAGCCCCGAAUGCCCCCUUAUCCCUUUGUGCAUCCACCCUUCCCGCUGCCUCCUGUCCGCCCGCUGUACAACAACAUACCCCUGAACAUAGGACCCAUCCCUGCCCCAUACGUGCCCCCACUGCCUAACAUGCGGGUGAACUACGAUUUCCCCCAGAUCAAUGUUCAGCUGGAGCACAACUUGCCUAUGCACUUUGGUCCACAGCCUCGGCAUCGGUUCUGAUCUGGUUCAAACAGCACUAGUAAUGGAGUCUGCAGGGAGAAGCCACAUUGGCCCCACCACCACCCUCCCCUCUAUCCCCCAUCAUUUCAGCCAGGUGCAAGGGGAACAGAUCUAGAUUCCCCUCCCCACACACACACACAGUAUUUAAAUCUUUAUAAUUCAACAUUUGGUUCUCCUGAAUCUUCUAGCCGUGCUGCCCAGCCUUUGGAGCAAUAAGAGGCUGCCCAGUUCAAGCCAGGGGAUCUCCAAGGGCCUUUCUGUUUCACAAAGGCUGUUCAGUCAACCGUUGAGAGGGAAGUGACGCUAUGUGGGGAUGUAGCCAUUCAGCCCACCCCUUGUGCCAAAAACUUACCUUCCUGUCUGCAAAAGCAGCCCCCCUCUCUCUAAUGCAAAGGCUAGCUGGAAGGGAAGGUGAGGUGGGGAAGCUUGAAAUUAUUCAGAUGCUGGUAAUAAGAUUUCAGCUUUGUCUUCCUUCACGCCUGGAUAAUAUUGGGGAAAAGGGGUGAAUCUGAGCAUCAGGACUGAUUAUUCCUCAGAGAAUAGUCCCAAAUUUUUACUGUGAUCUGCGAUAGCCCUGAAGUGCCAGUCCUGGUGAGAGUCCAGUGCUAGGAGGCAGAAGCCAUCUUGCUGCGAAGUACCACUCAUGCCACUGCAUAGCAGCUCAAAGAAAGAGGCUACAAACCACUGGCUUAGUAUUGUAAGCCACCAUUUUCAGAAGUGAUGCUUGAUUUUGAGUGCCUAGCAUGAGACACCUUAAAGGGGCAUGAUUUUUCAGAGGAUGAGUGGCCAAUACUUCCUGAAACACAGGGCCCUUUUCAGUGUCUCAGGUUGGGCACGCAUAAUCACUAGUCAUUUAUGAAAACCUUGGUUAUAACAGUCGGUAGAAACACACAAAUUGUUCAGAAGAUAAACAUGAAGGCCCAGAUUCAGAGUUGCAUAUGGGCUAAACUGCAUGCCCCCCGUUGCAGUAACCGAUCGCGUACCCUUAGUGCUGCUGUGCAUGCAAGCCUGGUAGCUGUAUACAUACACUGUGCACACAUCCAACUCUGAAACCCUGGGCCCAAAGCUUUUCAUGCCUGUUUAAAUCACUUCAAAAUGGGCUGGAAACUGAUUUGCAGAGAUGCUGUCUGGAUCGGGAGGCGUACUUUCCAGUCGGUGUAGACAUACCUCCACUAGCUUGAUGAAGCUAGUGCGCUAAAAAUGGCAAUGUAGCUACAGCAGCAUGAGUAACGGGCUGCCCGAGCACGUCUAGAGUCUUGGAUGGGAGCGUUCUCUGAGCCGCUCGCCCAUCCUGCUGCUCAUGCCACAUGCACAGUAGCUCAAUCAGAGGUGGUGCGGGUAUGUCUAACCGAGCUGGAAAUUACACCUCCAGUUCUAGGGUAAGCAGCAAAAUACCCCUUUCGACGCAUUUAAUAAACUUCUGAAAAAAUCCGUUUAAUCAGCUUGGGAAGACUUCAAACUGUAAUACUGCUGAGCUUAGCCAAAGGGAUGCUUAGGAGAAACAGUUUUCCUUUAAGAAGCAAUGGGGCAAACUCCUUUUAGGCAAUCAGGCUCGCUCCUGCUUUCCCUGUGACCUGAGUUAAGGAGCAGCCUCUGGCUGGCUUGAACUGGGAGCAGUGUGUGACUCUGGGACAGCAUUGUGGUCUGGCUGCAGACAAACAAGCCAAGUGAGGGAUGUGAUAGAAGAGAAGGAUGGGGCGGAAGGCUUGACGCUGCCUAUGUCAAAUGGGUAAGUUUUAUGCCAGAGCUACAGCUUUGCAGGCACAAACCUUCCCCCAACACACACACACGCACACUUCCUGUAGUGACUGGUAGGAACAGAGCUUUUUUAAAAAAGGGGGUGGAGGAUGAGUCUAUCAGAAUAUCCUUCCAUAAAUGCGGUCAUCUCGUUAAAAAAAACAGCCACUUCAUCACACAGUUGUCCCCCAAACUGGUAUUCGUUGUUGUUAGGAACCAGAUCAAAUUAAUCUCCCCUCUUCUGAUUUCCCUCCCUGCAAGUUAACACCCCAGAUUUCUUUACAGGUGUCUGCCUUGCCUCUCUAUUGUGUCAGAUUUGCCCUCUUGCUACUCUCCAUAGUCCCUCUCUGCAAACAGCGUCUCUUUGAGCAUGGAGCAGGCAGUGAACCAGGGCGCUGUGAAGUCUGUGACUGGCAGUGGCAGGAGGAGGGCACAUGAGGGUGGCUGCCUGUGCUGUCAUGGGUAGCGUGUACUCUCGGGAGGAAUAUGGCAGCGAGCAAUACCUGGCUGGGCUGCGAGGAGGACAUUGCUAUCAGUAGGGGGAUUGUCUCCAGGAGGACCUUGCACAGUAGAUGUUUUCAUACUUUUGGGAGCUGAUACAAUUUCUCCACGCCCAGGUGUUAUGUAUAGGCUGAGAGAUGCCCUGUUAACUGUUUGUUCCGGGUUGUCAAGUGCUGUUGCCCACGUAGCGUUAAUAACCACACCGUUAACUAUUUGUUGACAUUGCUGCUAAGACUUUUUAAUUUAAAAAAUAGCCUAGGGGACGUAGUGGGUUACCGAAUGCUGCUCAGCUGGUUUUUAUUCAGGUUUAAAUCUGCACCUUAUACCGAACGAUCCCCUCAGUAGCCAUGGGCAGGUAUGUUGACACACCGUGUUUGGGACAGGGAUGGAGGACAGAUUGGGUGUGUGCACUUCCGCAGUUUCUCAGUAGUUCAGUUAAAAGGGUUUGGCCACAUGCCUUCUCCUUCGAGAGGCUCCCACAGCGCGGAGGCAGCUGUGUAUGCAGAGCAAGUCCCACUGCAUCAUACCCUGCUUCAAGAACAUGCCUGGAACGUGCCAUCCCUCCCACGCCUCAUGCACAGAGCGGAGAUCCUGCCUUCCCUCUAACCGGUCAGUGCCCGCACUGGAGGUGGAGCUUAGCUUUGUGUCUCGUCUAAUUGAAUUGAGGAGUAGUGCCCUGGGCUGCCAGUCCACCUCGGCUCUCGCUCCAGAGAUGGUGUUCCGCAUGCUAUCCUGUGACCGAUCUAGCCCAUUAAGGAAUAAGGCUAAUGUAUUUCAGGAGGAGUCUUUUCUUUUUUUCCUCACUCAGCUGGGAGGCUAGAGGCAUGAUGCUGGGUCUUAAGGAAGUAGUUCAAUCAGGCAUCCAGGAGUGGCAGGGUGGGGUGAAUUUUGCCUUUGUCAGCUGGCCCUUCAUUUUAUCCUGAGAGACAUGAGCAGAAAAGCCCUGACCCCUGUUACUGGAUAGUCCAUUGUCUGGUUUUACGAAGUGUAAAGAAAAAAGGGGUCAAGUCCCUUGGGAGGGUUGGGUUUUUUUUAAAAAAAAAUAAGUAAUAGAAACAAAGCAGCAUGAACAUGGGUACAGGAGAGCCCAGUCGGUGUCUCCUGUAGAAUGCUUCAGACGUAUUGCUAACAGCUACAUCUCUAAGCAGCAUGGAACAUCUCCUGACGAAGGGCUGCUGCCUUUGCAAAAUGCUCAUCUCAUAGACUUCCUCAGUCUGAUAAGUUUAUCUGGAAUCUUGUUGGAAGGGGUGAGGUUCAGUUCCUCGUUGUGGGUGGGGAGAACACUGUAGCUGAAACAGCUUAUUGGCUUAGGAACUGGCUUCAGCUGACAUCCUAAAGGCGGUCUGAAGAAAGUACUUCCCCUGGCAGGAUGCUGGUGGUCACCUUAGCAUGCUGGUGGUGCUGGUACAGCUAAUAGAAGUAUUUGAGGAACAGGAGAAUGGGAAAUCUUGAUGGCUUUCCAAACCAUGGCUGUGGCCUUUAUCCAAACAAACCUGGCCCAUGGAGUGAGUCUGCCGCCUCCUCGUCGCCAUUCACGUACUUCCUAAAUAAAGCAAUUGCUCUUUGAAAGCCUCAGAUGAAGCAGGUACUAAUUCUAAUACCCAGUGCCUUUGGGGAGUCUGUGUCCUUCAUUCUUCAAGUGUGUUGCACAAGGACUCUCGAAUACUCUGCUUAUCAAGCACAAUUACUGUUCCUUCAAAUCCAGUUAAAUAUAAAUUGCUUUUCCCUAUACUUCCCCCUAUUCCUGCAUGUGCAGUUACAGUAGAAGAGACUAUUCGGGGAUGGUUUCAUAGCAGGAAGCACUCGCCCGUUAAAAAUGUGAGGUUAUGAAUCUUUGGCCAUAUGUGCGCAUCUCUCUCCAUAGAUACAAUAAACUCCUGUAGUGAACGUCUAUCACCACAGUAAAGAGCUGGAAACAACCAGACCCACCACUCUCAACUGAGCCAUAUCUUUGAAGUGGAUGGUGGUACCAACUCUCUGUAAUUUUUGUUAGGUUUAAUUUUAUGGUGUCUUGCCAAUUUGGGUGGAAAGAUUCAAUUUUAUACGGUAGUUACUACUUUUUUUUAGUUCCCCUGUGUCAGUCGGAGUUCAGCAAAACUGCUUGGACAGCAUGAGCGUUUGGAUUCUACUGUACUGUGCCAAUCACUCAAGCGAAUUUCAGCCUCAGUGCUUGACCAUAGACUAGCAAAUGCUUAUCACCGUGCAAAAUUAGAAGUGAUGUGGCCAUUUGCACACAGCCAUAUUGAUACCCUAGAGUAUAGACCAUUAACAAAAAUAAUGGCCUGGCUCAAACUCCUGGCUUUUAUAUAUAUAUUUGCCUGCGCAGGGAAAGGCUGGAAAUGGGAGGAGAGGCAGUAGGCAGAGUAACCAAGGGAGGUCUUGUGUCUGUACUUGACCAGUUUUUAAUCGUUGUUAAAGGUAAGCACUGGUUCCUACUACAUGAGCAAACUUUGUACCCUCUGGAUUUGAUGGCGCACGGCAAGCCUGAUUUUCCCAUCUCCAUGCCAAAGGGAAGCAGGGUCCCCCCUAGGUAGUGUUUGGGGAAGGUGUGGUGGUGGUGAGUCCUCACUGACAUGUUCCUGUAGUCUAUGCGUGCUUGAUGUCUCUCUCCAUUGGAGGUACUAGGGCGGCCCUGCUGAGGGGAAGGAGAGAAUUCUUUCUCCUGUCACAAUGGUGAGGGCCCAUUUUGUGCCUGUGAGGAGAGAAAUCAGUGCCCAUUGUAUGAAACCACCAUCAAGUCCUGUGGGUAGCUUCAGAGUCUGGAGAGAUCAGAUCAGCUCUUCACCCAGCAUUUCACCUUUCGGUCCUUUCCGGCUCUGUGCUGGGGCUCCUGUCACAAAGGAAAAACUGGACUAGGAAUUGCCCUGCGGAGAAAUGUGGGGCCUCUCCUUCCCUGUCAUCCUAACUGGUGAUUUUAGAGCCCUCCAUUGUCUUCUAGCAUCAGUUGUGUUAAUGGGGAUGUUUCUCGGCUUAAAGAACAAACCAUUUCCUGCGCAAUUAAAAACAGAAAAUGCCAUGUUUUGGACUUACCUGGUGUUUUUAUGGGUACAUCUACCCUGCAAAAUAAGACCCACCACAGCAAGUCUCAGAGCCUGGGUCAACUGACACGGGCUCUCAGGGCUCAAAAUAGCAGGGUACCUGUUCAGACAUGGGCUGGAGGCCAGAAUCUAAGACCCUCCUCCCUCACUGAGUUUCUGAGCCCAGGCUCCAGCCCGCACCUGAACAUCUACACUGCUGUUUGGAGCCCCGAGAGCCCGAGCUCUGAAAGUUGCUGCUGCAGGCCUUUUUACAGUGUAGACAUACCCUUUGCCCCCUUUGAAACCCCAAUGUUCUUCAAAGGGAGACGGGGAGGUGUGUCUUGUGGGCCCACAUCGAUGUUAUGACUGGUACUUUUUAUGAUUAAUUGCAGUGUCCUAUUUUACUUGCCUUAAAGGUGGAGAGAGAAAUUUGGUAUUUGCACUUAGCAAAACAUUAUAUUAAAACAACCCAACCUUGUAAAGACAGAUUGUGCAUGUUCUGCGACUUUGUAUAACAAUAGCUGAAAAUGAAUAGGUCGUUUAUUAAAAAAAAAAAAUAUUUUUCUUUACCCUCUGGUAGAAAACUGUUCUAAUUCUGUGUGUAAAAAGUCCCUGUAUCAUAUUGUAAUUUGAAUUUUUUGUAAAUAAAUUUUGUGCACUCUG